AUGGCCCCAAGGGGCCUGCUGCUGCGUGUAGUUGCUUUGCUAGCAGGAGCAUGUUUGAACCUCCAAAGUGCGUGGGCUCAACGAGCGGUCGGCACGGGCUCCGUUGUCAAUAAUGUGACAAUUUUCGUUGAAGGCACUGUGCAGGUCUACGUGACGGACUUCACUUCGCCGAAGUAUGCACGCGAGGCCAACAGGGCGAAUGCAUACAAGCCCGAGUACACAUAUACACUUGUCGAGAGACGCGCAAGCAGCGUAACUCCCUUGGAAAUCCCAGUAAAUUUUGGUGAAAAGGCUGGUUUUCUAAAGACAGGCUGGGAAACGUACCAAGGCUACAGCAGCAACGGCCGCCGGUUGCUGAGCGAGGAGCACGAGAAGGCUCGACGCAUGGUGCUGGAUUUCCACAACACCAAACGUUCACUGCAGGAGUUUACGAGCCUUGCCGAUCUUCUGCGCACGACGAGUGAUGCCCUCUUACCCGAGACGCCCCGGGCGGAUAAUCCCAUAGUCAUUGAGAAGACGGCCGAUAAGGAUCUAUUUGUAAGCGAUGGCAAGAAGCAAAACCUUACUUCGCUGACAUUCGUGUUCAGGAGCUCAUACUGCGGCCUGAAUCCUAACCUCACCGCAGCGAUUGUGCGACAAUGGUGGUACGACAACGGCGUCAAUGCCUUCGUCACGGCUAGCCUGCAGCGCUAUAUCCGGACGUGCACCUAUGGCCAGCUAUCGUUUCGGCCGGAGAAUAACCGAGUCAUUGAUGUGGACAUCCCUUGUACCGGGAAUACGUCCUACGGCCCAUACAACCUGAUGAACGGUCGCGGCAUUGGGGAGAAUGUCGAUAAUGAAAAGUACGCUCUUGUUGAGCUUGCAAAGUUGCACGUGCAGCAAACUGACCGCGACGUUUUCAACAAAUGGUCAAGCUUCCGCCGAAAGGUCAUGAUUUUCCCUUUCAACUGGUACAAGCGCUAUGUCUCUUGGACAGGAUCGGCUGCGGUCGGCUGCGUCGCAAACGCUGACUGUUAUACAUGGAUUAACUCCGAUACGGCGAGCCGUGACUACGUGGACAGUGCUUCCGCAUUCCAUGAGCUAGGGCACAACAUUGGACUGUCACACUCUGAUGCCCGGGAGUGCACGAGCAACCGUAGCGGGGGCGCGCCCAGUUGUGCGCUUUCGCGAAGCUCUGACCCCAGCGACAUUCUGGGUGCUGGGACUGUCCCUGAGAAGCGAUCGCAGAUCUUGUGCAUGAACGCGCCGCAGGCGAGUGUUUCGGUGGUCGUUCCUGUUGGGUCGUACAAGGCCGGGUGGUCAGGGUUCGUGACAGGAGGCCUCAUCAGGUCCUUUGAGUUGCAGCCCGGCGUCUCACGGGUGAUUACCCUGCCCUCCAUGUCGCUCAACAAGAACAAUCUGCUGCGAAUUGUUAUCGAUUCCUCGAACCUCUUAAACGGCCUUGACAAUAAGCCCCAGCAGGCACUAUUCGUGUCAUACCGAGUGCGCGGCAACGGCUCUGUAGCAUAUGACUCAGGCCUGAAUACAAGUGGUCGCAUCUGGAUUCACGAGUACAAUGACACAGCGAACGGGGUACCUGCGGACUCUUCCCCAGCCUUACUUACAACACUUGAUACGGUUUCCAACGGCACCGUUGCAGCAGCUUCUUUUGUACAGCCAUUGCCGCUCAUCCUUGGUGUGGUGACUGGGGGUAUCAACAUCUCUUUGAGGAGCAAGACGCCGGAGAGCGCGACCGUGUCUCUGUGCCGCUUCACACGCCGGGUGGAGACAGCAGGUUUUUGUUCUGACGGCUUGGACAAUGACUGGUGA